CUGGGCACUCUGUGACAGACGCAGCACGGGUGUUUGUCCAUCGAGACAUUCUGACUUGUGACGACUUUAAAGUCUAGUUAGAUUUGAUAAGUGCUCAUGGAGGUCAAAACUCUUUUGCUCUUUUUUAUAUUUAUGCAUACAUGCGAUGGCUCUGAACGCAAUUUCCCUGUUGCGACAGAGAACUGUGAGACAACAGACAACGAUACCUUUUUGGAUGGAAAUAAUUCUGAUCUCCCUAUUCUCAGAACCAUUGCAGAAAUUAUUUAUUAUAUAGAGCCACGUGACUGCACCAAUCUGGAUAAAGUGACAUGCAACGAGACCACACAGGACAAAUAUAAUAUUACAAAUGAUGCUGUUCUCUUCCUCAGAAGCCUGCUGGUCACACGUGUCAUGCCCUCGUUUUACAUCAUUAUCAUCCUCAUUAGUUUGCCCCUGAAUGCUUUGGCCUUGGUAAAUUUCACCUGUAGGAUUCGAGAGAAGAAGCCAGCUGUGAUCUACAUGGCUCACCUGGCGUGUGUGGACCUGCUCUUCACCCUGCUGCUGCCUCUGAAGAUCCACUACCAGAUGAACGCUUCAGAUUGGGUGUUCGGUGAGGCAGCGUGUCGUGUGCUCACUGCGGCUUACUACUGCUACAUGUACUGCUCCAUACUGCUGAUGAUGAGCAUGAGUGUGGACAGGCUGCUGGCCGUGGCAUUUCCCAUCACCUCUCUGACCUGGAGGAGCAAAAGGAAAGCCACAUGCGUAUGUGUGCUGGUCUGGCUGCUGGCACUUGCUGGUACAGUGCCACUUCUCUCCAUAGCACAGACAUUCAACAUAAAGGAUGUGGGCGUCACCUGCCAUGACGUGCUGUAUCACACACAGUUGUAUGCAUACCUGUUCUUCAUCCUCUCCUGCCUUUACUUCUUCUUGCCUCUGGUCGUUACCUUAGUGAGUUACUCUACCAUGAUACAUGUGCUCACCACCAGGAAUAAGCACUUGAAAUCAUCAUCCUCAGACAAGCGAAGGAGAGCUGUGAUUAUGACUGUAGCUGUGCUGAUUGAGUUUGUAAUGUGCUUUGCACCAACAAAUGGCAUCUUGUUUUACCACUGUGUUCGUUUAGCCACCAGAGGCAGAGGUGAGGAGGGGAAAUACUACUUGAUUGCUCUGUGUUUGGGGAGCGCAAGUGUUUUCCUGGACCCUCUGCUGUACUACUAUGGCUCGUCUCAAUACAGAAAGCUGAUCCGCUCUCUGAUCUGGUGGAGGAAGACAAUAAGCAUAACCACACCAUCAAUCACAAACAGUCAAACAAAAUCCUCUAACCUGAGCUGUGAGUACACUCAGGCUCGCAUUUAGGUGUGAAUGAUGAUUUUUUUUAUGCUAAAGAUUCACUUAUAAAUGCAUCUGUAUUACACAGAUAAUUGCUGUUUUAUAGGUUCACUCAACUGUAUUCAAUUACCAGUUUUAAAUGAAUGAAAUAUGUAUAUUUUUAAUGUUGGUCUUUGCAUAAGCUACAUACAGUAUAUAACAUAUAGCAUGCAUACAAUCAUAUUGCGCCCUUGAAUCUUAAAACUUAUUUUUUAACACAAAAUUAAAAUGCAUUUAGUUUCUAUCUCAAAAAUGACGGUGUUUGUAGACAUGAUUUGCAAAAUGUAAAUAUGCAUCCUGUUACAACGCUGAUACAUGUAACCUCCCCAUUUCUAAUCAGCUUUAUAAUCUACUGUACUUAAUAUAUGUUUAAAUGUAAAGACAAAAGUUUAAAAAACAAAAACAAAACGUGAGAGUUCUUAUAGAGGAUUUGCACUUACAUCACGAUUCGGUCAGUUACCUGGAUGCACGGCCAUUUUGGCGAUACUCGGAUGUAACAGCAGCAUAGAUUGCAUGGUUAAUGUUCUACUGAAUGCGUUAUUCUGCUAAUUUAUGUUGUCUAAACCAUGGGAAAAAACAUGUGAAAGCUGCUAAAUCAUAUAGAGAAUGACUUAGUAAGCAGGA